GGCCGUGACCGUAUAUAUCGGGAGCCAUGGCGAACGCGGAGCAGUCGCGGUUCCCCACCAUUCCCUCCCCUCCACUCCUCCCACCGCGACGAUUCCGAGAAAAGCAAACCAAAGCCCAGGUCCAGCCCCAGCCCAAGCCCACCGAAAACACCAUGUCCGCCGCCGAGCCGCCGCCGCCCACCGGGAUGGGCUUCUUCGGCAUGCUCAGCUUCCGUCGCAGCGCCACCGCCGUCGCUUCCUUCGACCCCGCCCAGGACGACGAGCUCCUCGCCCUCGACGCCCUCCAGGCCCACGUCGCCGACCGCCUCGCCGCCCUAUCCUCCCUCUCCGCCAAUCCCCAGGCCCCCGUCCUCUCCCUCCCCUUCCUCUCCAAGCUCCUCGACGCCGUCCUCUCCUCCGACGCCGCCUUCCGCGACGUCCUAGCCCUCGCCCCCGUCGCCGCCGCGCUCUCAAGGCCGCCCGCCGACCGCCUCGCCGCCGACCUCCUCGACCGCGCCGUCAAGGCACUCGACGUCCUCAACGCCGCCUCCCUCACGCUCGCCUCGCUCCGGGGCGCGCACCGCGCCGGGUUCACCGCCGCGUCCUGCCUCCUCGCGCCGACACCCCUGCACCGCGCGCACUUCGCCCGCGCGCGCAGGGCCAUUACCAGGCUCUUCCCGGACGACGCCAAGGUCUCCGCCGCGCCGUCCCCCUCCUCCCGUACCAUGCGGACGCUCUCGUUAAGCGUCUCCAAGAACUGGUCCGCUGGGCGCCACGUGCACGCCAUGUCGGCGCACCUCGCGCCGCCGACGCAGGCGCCCUCCGCGGCCGCAGCCGGCGCGGGGUGCGGGCUCGGGCUGGCCCUGUACACGAUGAGCUCGGUUCUUGUUUUCGCCAUGUGGUCGCUGGUCGCCGCGGUGCCGUGCCAGGACCGGGCGUCCGCGGGCAUCAACCCCCCGGUCGCGCCGCCGAAGCAGGCCCCGUGGGCGGCGCCCAUGUGGUCCCUCCAGGAACGGAUCGCGGACGAGUGGAGGCGGAGAGAGAAGAAGGGGUCGUCCUCUGGUUCCGCGGCCACAACAGGGCUCCUCGCCGAGAUGCAGGCCGUGGAGUGCGCGGCCCGAGAGCUGAACAGUCUGCUCGAGGAGAUCGCCGAGGAAGAGGAGGAAGAGUCCGUGGCGAUCAUCGGCGAGGAGCGCGCGCGGGAGGUCACGGAGCGCGCCGAGGAGCUCGCGGCGGCGUGCCGGGCGCUGGAGGAGGGCCUCGCGCCUCUGGAGCGGCAGGUGCGCGCGGUGUUCCACCGCGUUGUCGCCAGCCGCGCCGAGGUCGUGCGCUGCAUGGAGCACAGCGCGCGCACCGCCACCGCCAAUGCCGCGGCGUCCGCGUCCGGCGCAGUGCCGGCGCAACACCAGCACUCCUUCUGAAGUUCUGAGAGAGCAGCGGGGUUCCACGCCGUGGAGGGAAACCAACGAUAACCGUUGGUGGUUAACUAGGAAGUGUGCUUUGAUUAAUUGCUUUGGGAGCCAAAUUAUUCGCUCCUCUACUGUAUUGUACCAUUCUUUGAUUUGUAGAUGUGCCUGUAAAAACUAACAUCUUGUUGGAUUAGUGUUGUACUGUUGUCAAUGCUGCAGAGCAGAGGAGAAGAGAUUGUUGUAGCAACAUUUGUGAACUGAUGUGUUUGUGUUCUUGA